GUUUAUCGUUUCUUGAGUUAAUAGACGGACGGUAAGUCAAUCAUUCCAUCGUUCAGAUGAUAAAGCAUUUAAAAUUUGCUUGUGAUCAAAUUAAAUACAUUUAAAUACAUUGAAUGAUACAUUAGAGCUACCUUUUAUUUACUAAUGUCAGGUACGAAUCACGUUUCUCUAUAAAUCGCGAGCAUUGUUCCAUGCCGCGGAUCCGAUUUUCCGAUAUCUAUACUCGAUUGUGUAAUCGCAAUAAUAAAUAGUAAAUGCCGUGGGAUAUGCUUUAUUGAUAUUGAUUGCGUUGCGUUGUGUUGUGCGAAUGUAAUCCAAGGUUUCAAAACUUUACUAAACAAUAAUAUUUUUUACUCUCGAUAAUAUUCAUCUUAUAAGCUAACUUAAUAACUACAGUAAUUUCAAAACUGUUGAAAGUUCAUAGAAGAGGUAUCGCAUAUAAUUGCAUAAGUAUACCUCACACUUAAUUAAGAAAUCAAUUACUUUUAAUAAUAACAAUUAUCCCUUUGUCAGUAGUCUAAUAUUUUUGAAGACGACACGAGCUUAUCGCGAUAAUUUUGACAUUCCUGACGUGACUGGUUCAGAAAAUUCAGUGGCGAGGGUCAAAAGCCGUCAAAAGCCGUCAGCAGCCGCUGACAUUUUCGCCUGGCGGCCGACACCCUCUCGCGGCGAGCUUUCUUUGAGACAGCCCUGAGGCACGUAAAUUGCGCGCGCAGCCCAGUUUGAAAUUCGUGGCGCGCCGCGGAGAUCCUUGGGGGCUGCGUUCCUCUCUCGCCUUUCGUUCCACGUCCGUUCGUUCGUUGGGUUCGUUCGCUCUCGCCCGUUCGGCUCCGGUCGUGGAAGUCGAUGCUAAGGUCGGAGUGCUGUCGCGCGAGAAGGGAGUGCCGGGCGUCUGUCUCGCCGCCCUCCCGGUCCUCCCAGUGAUCCCGAAUUUCCUCGCGAGCACACGCGCUUCCCGCUCGAGAAUGACGCUCCCGAGUCCGGUCUCGCCCGUCUGGUACGUCCGUUAUUAUUAUUCGCGAGCGAAUACGCUGGAUCCUUGAUCGAAUCCACGAUCUGAAAAAAAGGAAAAAAGAAAAAAAAACGAGAGAUAAUAAAUCGAAAAAUUCGCAGCGUAUCGUCCGUCGCGGAUGUUUCCGGUGUUUCCGACGCAGUGCCUCGUCUCUCGAAUGUCAGUGCGAGUACACGAAGACUAUCGAUUGCCGACUGGAUUUAAACGACUGCGUAUGUAAUCGCUAAUAAACGUCUCGUGGAAACGUCUCUUUCUCCAAUUGUACGAUAUAUCAUCGCGAUCGAGGAUAAUCGUCUAUCUCCGUGCCAAUGGACGGUCGCUUUCGAGAUUGAUCGAAAGCGACACACCGACAAGACGUGGUUUCACGCCCUGAAGCUCGUCGGUGCGAGAAGAACGAUAGAGAGAUAUCCUCGACACCAUGGCGAGACGCACAAGGGGCCGGUAGUUCGGUGGAUGGCAGGGAUGUCCUCGUGACAUGUUACCCCGUGACCUUGGCUGGCGCAACUAUAACGUCCUCCGUGGAGAGGGUCGUCUUUUGGUGCGCGGAUCAAGCGGGCGAUCGGUGUCCUUUAAUCCGCGCGAGAUCGAAUAUCGCCUGCUGCCGCUGGUGCAGGUCAAGCCUGACUUCGUGAUUCCAUAUGUGCUCUGCUGGCGGGUGCCAGGCGCAAUCCAUCGCAUCCAGAUUAAUCCGUCGGUCGUCCAUCAUCAUCACCAGCAGCAGCAGCAGCAGCAGCAGCAGCAGCAACAGCAACAGCAGCAUCAACAACCGCAGCAUCACUACCAACAGCAUCGUCAGCGUCGACGACACUUUGAAGGAGCGCCGCGGUUACGUCCUGCGCCACCGCCUUCGACGGAACAUCGUCCUGCGUACGGCGCGCAGCGUGACAUCCUUGUGGAUUCUGGUAUGGAAACAAGCGGGGAUCAUCCCCCUUUGGAGAUGGUAGUAAAAUCUUCUGACAUCACGUACGUUAACCUCUGCGGGGGGAUUGUGAAAGAACGGAAGGGAGAGAAGGGCGGAAGGAAACGAGAGUGAGAUGAAGAGGGUGAGAGGGGUGAAAUGGGCGCAAUCUAUGCAUCUGAGUUGUAUCGGCGGCUGAAAUCGUUGGUGACGUCACGUGUUACAAACACGUGUACUGCCAGCUGUUUUCGACAUCUGCGUAUAUACACCGCCUUGAAAAUUAUGCGAAAAAUUAUGCGUUCACGCGUGGCACGCAUUCAUUAACUCGUACAUUUCGCUAUACUCAAAAAGAGAUACUAUUGAAAAUAUAUUAAUUUUAUAAUUUGUAAUAUAUUUAGACUGCAAAGUAUAAUGAAAGUUUCCAAUUAUUUUUGUAAAAAAAUUAAACAUAGUUUUUUUAAUUUUGUUAACAAUGUUCUCUUCUCUUCUCUUAUUUUAUUUAAUAAAAUCAGAAUCAAAUUUUUACGUUCGAUUGAAACACAUUUCACACGUCACUUUUCAUAAAAUAUUAAAUACUUGAAAAAUCUGCGAUCUUUUUUUCCUACAAAGUAGUCCAUGAAGUUUUCUUACCGUAUCAUGAAGGUUCAAGAAAGACGAAGAUAAUUAAACGGUUCGAAGAUAAAAAAGACAUCCAUAUGACUUAUAAAAGUAUCAAUUAAUGUCACUGCA